GCCCCGUUCCUCCCGCCGGUCGCCGUCCCCGAUCCACGCCGGAUCCCGCCGCCGGCGAGCUGCCGAAGCCGUCGCCCCCAGCCAUGCCUCCUUCGGAGCUCCGCCAGAUCCGGAGCGCCACCCCCGCGAGCAGCCGCGCCGCCCUGCCUCCUGCGCCUCCCCGCUCUCCCUGCCUCUCCUUGCGCCGCCGCCUCGCGCUGCCGCAGCUCGCGCCAGCACCCGCCCCCGCCGCGCGCCUCGCCUGCCAGUCCCUCCGAACACCGCAACCGCCUGCUCGCCGAGCACCUCCGCCCCGUCGCGCCCUGGAUCAGAUCCAGAUCGGGCUCUCCCUCUACGGCCUCGUCUGGCUCCAGCCGCUCAUCGGCUUCCUCCGGCCCAGCACAGUGAGGCGUCUCAACCCUCAAGGCGAGCGCGGCAAGGCCGUGGCUGCGGAGGUAGUUCGGCUCGACACGAGGCCGGAUGUGGAGGCGGAGCGAAGCGACGGCGGCUCAGCGGCGAGUGGAGAUGGAGGCGGACUGAAGCGACGGCGACUCAGCGGCGAGUGGAGGUGAAGCGAAGCGAUGGCUGGCAGAGAUGGCGAGGCACCAGCGGCGGCUUAACCCGGCGGGGUUGCAGGGCAGCGCAUGGAGGUUGCUUGAGGCAUACGCACGUGCAGGGCGAGGUAAGACGCCGAGGUGGAGCUGGGAUGGAGCGAGGCCGGCUCAAGGCGCGGUGAUGCCGGCGUGGAGGUGCACGACAAAGAGGCGUUGGGCGAGGCGGGAGCGGCGGCCACAAUGGAGGCCGACUCGGCGAGCGGGCGAGACGGGAGCAGCGGAAUUGCAGGAUAAUGCUGGACACUGUCGGAUAAAAAAACAUAACGGCAGCAGCACGCGCAGGUUCAGCAGGUCAUAGAAUGAGAAUGGGAGCUCCUUCAUGCCACUAAAGUAGCUGCCGAGGUUGACGAUUUCACGGCCCGAAAAUUUCCUUCUCACUAGCUGCUGGGGGUGGCCGUGUGCGCGGUCGGGGUGGCCAACGUCUACAUCGGCCUGCACACGUACCGGGAGAGGACCGGCAGGAGCGUCGGGCUCUGGACGACGCUUCUCACCGCUGAGGUCUCCGCCGUGGCGCUCGUCUAACCACAUCGUGCGGCAAGAAGAGGCGGCCGCCGGGGACGAGCGGCGGUCGGAGACCGAGACGUCGGAGGAGCCGUCGUACCCGGACAACGACCACAAGGAGGUGGCCGUGAUGCCGUAGCAUGACGAUGGGAGCUUGCUUGGGCUGAAAAAUGCAACACCGAUUCUGUAUAGUUCAUGUGCUUGGUAAGCUGCAGAUUGAACAACUUUUCAAUGAUAGUAGAUAUAGAAAACAACUAUCAGUGCCGCAUUUUCCCUGGCCGGGGACUGCAUAAUCAAUUUCAAUGAAAAUCUAGGAUAAAAAUCCUUACCGGGA